UCGGCAAUUUUCAAUAUUACUAGAACUAUUAUGAUCCAUUUACUAUGGAAACCAGAGAAAAUUACACUAGAGUAUAACCACAGCAACCUUAGAAAACUCUCAUAUUACAACUGAUGAUGAUAACUAAAGCAAUGAAUUUGGAUUUAGUCCCUAAAGAAUGCUGCUUCAUUUCCUACUUAUUUUUUAGCACAAUCCUGAGCAAUUAACUGUUUUGCAGGAUAUGAUAGCUGACGGUGUCGUAAAUGUUAAAGAACUUGAUGUAAAUCUAGAGUCGAUCGGAGGACUAGGACAUAUUAAAAAGAAAUUACAUGAAACGAUAAUUCUUCCUUUACAACGACCAGAAAUAUUUAACGACGAACAUUUUUUAGGUCCACAAAAAGGUGUUCUUUUGUAUGGCCCUCCCGGAACCGGAAAAACUAUGCUUGCUAAAGCUUUAGCUAAGGAAUCUAGUGCUGUUUUUAUCAAUGUGAGAAUGUCGACUGUGAUGAGUAAAUGGUUCAGUGAAGCCCAAAAACUCGUGUCUGCUAUCUUCAGCCUGGCUAAUAAACUCCAGCCCGCCAUCAUUUUCAUCGAUGAGGUCGAUAGUUUCUUGGGUCAGCGUGCCGGUGACAGUGGUUAUUGCAAUUCAAUGAAAACCGAAUUCAUGUCCUUGUGGGAUGGUUUCACAACAUCUAAAAAUGCCCGGGUAUUGGUUCUGGCCGCUACGAAUCGUCCAACAGAACUGGACGAGGCUAUACUACGGAGAUUUACACAGACAUUUGAAGUUGGUUUACCUGAUCAAAAUGGAAGAGCCGCAAUAUUGAAGUCGAUUCUAAAGAAAGCAAGAGUAGAAGAUGGCAUUGACUAUAAUCAUAUUGCUAGUUUGACUACUGGGUACAGUGGUUCAGAUCUGUUAGAGCUUUGUAGGGAAGCGGCAUACUAUCCUAUUAGGGACUUGCUAGAUGAUGAAAAACAAGAAAAGGUGACAAAAGAUGAUGAAAAACAGAAGAAAGUGGUACAAAAUAAUAAAGAACAGAAGAAGGCGAAUCCCACACAUAUUACCAGAGCACUGGCACAAGCAGACCUUGAGACCGCGGUAUCGGCAUAUAAAGACAUGAAAGCAUCGGUGACUGAUUUUAAAUCUGAUGGGCAAUUGAGCAUAUGGUCCAGAGGAGACGAGUUCUAUAAAACCCUAUAUAUAUAGUUAUUUCCACUGCAACAUAUUCAUAGACUCUUUAUUCUUUACCAGCCGGAUAUUCUUUUUUUUCUGAACCUUACUACCUAGGCAUAGUUUGAUCUGUCGGAAAUUUUGAUGUUCAUGACUGACAAUUCAAUGUUCUCCUGGAACAGAGUUCUCAUGUUAAUUAAUAAGUAGACCAAGUGUUUUUCAAAUGUGUAUGCAUUCAUUAGUUUUCUAUUUGCAGCUUUAUGAGAAAUGCUUGUGAAUUGGCAGAGUAGUGAUACCGGUGUUCAUUUGGUUAUUUGGUAUGUAUAUCCAAAUGAAUUCAAUGCUUAUUUUUCUACCAAUCAUCUAGAAUGAGGUUACAGGUUUAUGUCUCACUAGAUUGUAUGAAUGUCUUGACAUGAACUAGUUCAUAUAUGGUUUUAUUCAACAAAUACAUUAACUACAAACUAUUCAAGUUGAACAGAUGAUACAUUACUAGUUCUUACUAAGAAAGGAUUUAGUGCCAAUCUCUCAUUAGACAAAUGUUUAUAACUGCACAAAGAUUUCUAAAGCAGCAAAGAUGAACAUGGUCUGGUCUAUCAGUGCCAAGGAAAUAAAAACUACCUGAAUUGAAGAAACCCUGUUAAUCUAAAUUCUCAUUCAUCUUCAGAGACGGUAGGCAGCCCUUCUUUGAA